UUCAUCAUCUUAAAGCUAUGAAGAUGCAAGAUGAAAAUCUGUGCAAAUCAUUGUCAAGUUCAAUGAUGUUUAAACAGGAAGUAAAUAGCGCUGAAGAAAUGAACCUUGAUGUAUCAUCAUUAUUUUCAAGUUUUGAAGACAUGAAUCCAGAUGAAUCAACACCAUUUAGUGAACAACAAAAUAUUUCAAACGUGCAGUUGAACGUUUCAUCAAAUUUAUCUGCAGACAGUGAAGUGUUUUCUGUUGUGAAAUCAGAAAUUCAUAAUGAAAUAAAAGAAUUGCAGCUUUUGCAUAUUCAAUUGAUAGAUGAUCUUCCUGUAAACCAUCAGUUUAUUCAUACAGGAUGGAAAACAUACACAUGUGACAUGUGUUGUCAAAAUUUUGCUCACUUAGAUCAAAUUACACAGCAUUUGAAUGUUCACACUGGAGAGAGGCAAGAUGAUCUGUAUGAUGUGUGUCAAAACAAUUGUGCUCCGAGGAAUCCCAGGAAAAAACGUAUACAAAAUUUAUCAGGAGGAAAAAGACUGAAGACUGUUGUAAAACUGCAUAAGAAAAAAGCGCCUUCUAAAGUCACUAAAGAUAAGCUACCUGAAUGCAAAAUUUGUCACAAAAAGUUCAGUCGGAAGUCAUAUUUACAUGAACAUAAAAAAAUUCAUUCUGAAGAAAAAAGACAUGAAUGUGAUAUUUGUCAUAAAAAGUUUCUUCAAAUAAAUUACUUAACUUAUCAUAAGAAAUUUCAUUCAAGUGAUAAGAAAUAUGAGUGUGAUGUCUGUCAUAAAACUUUCUUACGGAAGUCUUACGUAUCACAACAUAAAAAAAUUCAUUUAGGAGACAAGCCAUUUGAAUGUGAUGUUUGUGAUAAAAAAUUUAUUCAAAAGUGCCAGCUUACGGCACAUCUAAGAGUACAUACUGGAGAAAAGCCAUACAAAUGUGAUAUUUGUUAUCUGAAGUUUAGACAGAUAGCUCAUCUAUCUAAGCACAAUGAAAUUCAUUCUGGAGAUAGUCAAUUUGAAUGUAAUGUUUGUCAUAAGAAAUUUCUACACAAGGCUUAUUUAUCUGAUCAUUACAAAAUUCAUUUUGGUGCUAAGAAUCAUGAAUGUGAUGUUUGCCACAAAAAGUUUGUUAAAAAAUCUUACCUAAGUCAUCACAAAAAAAUUCAUACUGAUAUCAAAACACAUGAAUGUGAGGUCUGUCAUAAAAAAUUCUUAAGAAAGUGUGAUUUAUGUCAACAUAAAUCAAUUCAUUUUGGAGAGAAAAAACAUGAAUGUGAAAUUUGUUAUAAAAAAUUUGUUCAAAAGAUUCAAUUAUCUAAUCAUAAAAAAAUUCAUUCAGGUGACAAGCCACAUGAAUGUAAUGUUUGUCAUAAAAAAUUUGUUCAAAAGAUACAAUUAUCUAAACAUGAAAAAAUUCAUGUGGGUGGCAAGACACAUGAAUGUAAUGUUUGUCAUGAACAAUUUGUUCAAAAGAUACAAUUAUCUAAACAUGAAAAAAUUCACGUGGGUGGCAAGACACAUGAAUGUAAUGUUUGUCAUGAACAAUUUGUUCAAAAGAUACAAUUAUCUAAACAUGAAAAAAUUCACGUGGGUGGCAAGACACAUGAAUGUAAUGUUUGUCAUGAACAAUUUGUUCAAAAGAUACAAUUAUCUAAACAUGAAAAAAUUCACGUGGGUGGCAAGACACAUGAAUGUAAUGUUUGUCAUGAACAAUUUGUUAAAAAGACUCAAUUAAUUAAGCAUAAAAAAGCCCAUACUGGAACAUAGGCAUAGGAUUUUGAUGUCUGUAAUACAUAUUUCUUGGGAGAUCUUUUUUAUCUUAUCAAGAGAUUUAUUGGAAAUCGACAUAUGUAGCAAGUUCUCUCAAAAGACAAGUUUAUUUCAACACUUAUAUGAAAAAAUAGCUUGUUUCUUGUUUGUUGUGAAAUAGAUUGUUGAAAAGUAAGCAUAUAAAAAAGUCAAGCUUAAGAUAAAAGGCAUGAAUAUUGUGGGAUGUAUUUAAAACUAAACUGUGAUAAUGAAAUUUUUACAUUGUAUAUGUAUUUCCCUUUUUUUAAAAUUUGUUAUAUACCCAAUUUAAUUUUUCUAUUGCACUUUGGUAAACAAAUUCUAAAGUAUGAUUUUCACUUUGAAUCUUUUUAUUGUAAAAAAAGUAGACAUACACAUUUUUUUUUUCAUGCUAUAACUAUAAUCAAGGGGAUGUAUCUCUUUUUGAAGUGAUGUCUAUUCAAUUAGUCCACCACAUAUAUUAUCCCUAGGCACUUUAUUCUUAAGCUCAUGAUCCCUCUAAUGUUACCACUAAAUAGUUUGGACAUUCCACUAUGGUUUACGCACAGAUUGUCACUCGGACUAGGUAACAGUUGUAUAGCAAUAUACUUGUCCAGAGUAACAUACAAAUAAAAACUUGAAAUUUAUUAAAGUGAUUAAAUUUUUACUAAAGAUUUAAGACUCUUUAGUAAAUAAUACAUUUUUAUUUAGACUAAAGUAAAUAGAUAAUGUUUUGGUUUCUGCCUUUUUAAGUGUGGAAAAGUUUAGAACAUGGAGUUUACAAUGAAGGAUGUUUGAUUUACAUGUAAAUAAACAUUUUGAAUGCUUGUGAAAAAUCAAUAUUAUUCAAAUUAUUAUUAUUAUGGUUGUAAAUUUUUUCUAUAAAUAUUUUACU